AUGGACUGGUUGAGCUCCAUGGGAUUGAACGACUUCCAUCAGCCUCACGACGAGGACUUCGAGGAAGAUAACGAGGAGGACUUCUACGACAACGGAACGAUGAACGAACAAGACGCCACGGCCGGCGCUACCAGUGGAGAUGCAAACCAUCUGCUCAACACUUUGUUACCUGCAGUUAUAAAAGCCAAAACAGAACAGACAACCAGCCAGGAAGCACGCAAAGCUGAGAACCAAAAGAAAGCCGAAAUGUUACGUGCUCAAUUGCUUGCUAAACGCCAGAACACUCCAAUGAAGGCUGCAUCUUCGCGUGCGGAAACGCCUGCUGCAAAAGGGGCGUCGACACCACACCCUCCGCAGAUGAUUCAGCAACAAAAGCCGUCCACAAUGGCGAAGCAUUCAUUGAGCGACAACCUUGGUCUUGACCAGAUGAUUGAAGAAGCUCGCGUUGCAGCCGACGUGAAAGCUAAAGACCAGCCAACCAUCAAUGGAAUGAAAGAUCAAAAUCAAUCUAUCCUGCUCGCUACCCCUAAGAGUGAGGUCAAACCAGCUAACAAUAUCCAACAACCGCCUGAGCUUGAAACAUCAAUACAACAACAGCCGCAGGCCGAAUUGAUAACAGACAAACCCAAGCCUGAGUCUUGUCCACAACAGCUCAAAGAUCCCUACUUCACUGACCUCGCAGCGUGGCUCGAAAUAACAGGCUACCAUGAUGUUAGUUACCGCACUGCCAAGCUACGUACAUACAAGCAGCGCAAGGCACUCGAGGAAGAAGCAGCUCGUAUAGCCGAGAAGCUCGAGGAGCUCCGUCGUCAGGAGCAGGAAGAGAUGGAAGCGUUGCGCUCAUCAACUUUUCACCUCGUGUCCCAAAGGCCAGAUGCACCACCGCCAGCACUUCCAACUCAUGUCCCGGCCUCUGAUGCUGUCCAAAUGGCUGCUGUUGCAUCCAAGCUUACCAACGGUGUCAAGCGAGCCCACUCACCAGCUCCAGUUGAUCGCACAGUCAAGCGCCGCGGGGAGCCUCCGUCGACCGACGGCUUCCGCAUCCGUGGCGCAAACGAGUCGCCAACCGAAGCACACCGUCCACCGUUUCCCAAAAUGAUGGAGCGUCGUAUCAGCUACUCAGACGCCCGCCGUCCCUCGCUUGACGAUGCACGUAGUCGAGACCCUUCACUGGAGCGUCGUCAGGGGUACUACAAGCGCGAAGGCGAGCGUCCAGGCCCGCCUCCGCGCGCUGACUCUAGGUACGACCAAUACACGCCGCAGCGUGACUCACGUGUUAUGGCUCGUGCCGAAUACAGCUUGGGUGGCUAUGCUAGCGCACCGCGGCCGCACACGUGGACGAGGAGUGAUCAUCAGCAUCAACAGUUCAGAGGCAGUGCAGGCCUUGAGCUGCCCAAGGGUGGUCAGUCUACCUCUUCCGUUCGUCGUGAGUUGAUGCGUUGA